AUGUCGAACGCGCAGGUCGGAAAUGCAUACCAGCAGAUCAUCGCAGAUGUGAUUGAGAGCUCGCGCGUGGAUUUUGAGGAAGGUGGCGUGGAGGAUUCCGUGCUGGAGGAGAUGCGUUCGGUAUGUAGUGACCAUUUCAUCUCCAUCUCCAUCCACUGCGCUGCACUACUUGUGCAUCUUCGGAAAAAGCAUCAUGGCGCUUCUGCACAUGUUGUAUAAUUCUUGGAUCGUGAAAAGAGAUGGAUCGGGCGGUGUGAUGGCCUUUGGAUGAAUGGCAAGUGUCGUCGUGGUCGAGAAUGGUGGGUGCUGCCUAGCUGCGCUGGGACGGCUGCCUGUGCUGGCGGUUGGCCCCUUCACCUCUCCAGCUCGGCCUUCGCAGGUGGGCGACCCUCAGUAUUUGGCUGUCUGCCUUUAUACCCGGCCAUUCGCUUAGCCAAAUUUCCCGCUCGCGCUAGUUCCUUUCCGGUCGCUUCAUCACGUGUCGGACUCCUUUUCCGCUCACCGAAGUCACCGGGGAUGGUUUAUUGGAACACCAUGUUCCUAUAUUCCUUCCACUUCUGUGCCACUUUGUUAUUUUCUAUUCGAAAGUAUGAUCAUGGCUAAUGCAUCUUUUAGGUAUGGCAACAAAAGUUGUCAUCUCUUCAGGUUGCUGCUUUUCCUUGGGACCCGAAGCCAGAUCCACCACAAGCCAUCGUCCAACCACCAACUCUCCCCUCUAAUGCAGGCAACUAUCACAUGAACAACGCCCAAAAUGUUCAGGGGCAAAAUAGUAUGCCUCAACAGCCUCCAGUUAUGAACAAUAAUAUCAAUGGUGGUGUACGUGUUAAGACGGAACCUGGAAUGGAAAGCCCACCAAUUGGUGGUAUGAGCCAACCUCCAUACCAAAAUCCCACACUUUCCAUGCCGGUUCCCAACACUGCUGGGGAAAGAGCCGCUCAGCAUUUGCAACACAAUUAUGGUCAUCGAGCUGCUGCAUCUAUCAACGCUAUUCAAGGUGGCGCACAGCGGGUACAGCAACAAAAUCCUCAACAACCUCAAAACAUUCAACAAGUGAGAAUGCAAGAGCAACAGCAGCACGCUAUGGCACAGAGACAACAACAGAUGCAGCAAAUUCAACAGCAGCAACAGCAUACUGGUCAAAUGCCGCAGCAAAGCCAAAUACCACAGCAGGGUCAAGCUCCGCAGCAAGGCCCAAUUCCACAGCAAGGUCAAAUGCAACAACCAAGACCCAACUUGGCUCAUGAGCGAUAUAGACAAGCUAUGGCAAAUCAGGCACAGAAGCAAAUGCAGUCUCACACUGGUCAACAACCCGGUCAAAAUGGUGUCAAUACAGCUCAAACUGAUGGUGCUGGUGACAAGGAAUUGGAAUCAAUGGGACUCAUCAAACAAGUCGAUGCAAAUGGCGAUGAGAUCACCAUGGGUAGAAUCGAGGUUGAUGGUUUGAUUCGUCAAAAGAUCGAGGCAAUGGGUCAGAAGAUGGAAGGUGGUGGCCUAAUGUUACCUCUCAAACAGGCAUCCACUUCUGCAACACGUCAACGUAAGGUGGCAAAAUUAUCACGCUCAUUAGCUCAGCAUGAUGGACCUGGUUCUGAUGGGGUCAAGGACGAGGAGUUCGAUGAAGAUGCCAUCAACUCUGACCUUGAUGAUCCGGAUGAUGGCGCCAAUGACGACGAGGAUGACGAGGAUGGAAUGGGUCAUAUCAUGCUUUGCAUGUAUGACAAAGUUCAGCGAGUUAAGAAUAAGUGGCACGUCAAAUUAUGUCUCAAAUAUUGA